GUCUGGGAUCACUGUGUGUGACUGACGUUCUUGAUUCAUCAUUCAACAACCUCACGGGCAGCAUGGAUAUAUAAGCUGGAGCACACCUGCUCAACAAUAACGACUUCAGACCUCCGCCAACUGACCUCAGCCUGUUACCAAAGUGCAGGUUCCUUGAGUGACUCCACAGCAUGCUGCCUGGGAGAGUGGCUGAUGUCCGGCACUGCGUCCUGAUGAGCCGCUGGCUGCUUGCAGCUCUGGCGCUGCUCCUCCUCCUCUCCUCCAGCUUCAGCAGUGCUCACAGCACCACGGUGGAGCACGACUUCCACAUUGUACACAAUGUCGACAACAGAAGUCCGGAGAUAGACCCCUUCUGGUACGUGGGGCGCGGGGUCAGACCCAUCGGACGCUUUGGGAAAAGACACAGCAGCGUGGAGGCUCUGGGCAGCGGGGGGAUGCAGCCUGUGGUCAGGACGCUGGAGCUGCUCCUCAACAGCCUGAGGAAUAAGGAGAACCUCGGGAAAGUGCUGAAUGGGGAAGACAGAGAUUGGUUACCGUGACAGCGAGCCCUCAGCCUCCCAUCCACAAACGCCGAGUUGUCUUUAUUUUUUAUCUUGAUUAAGGUUAUUUACUCUUUUCCUCUAAACUGUAUUUCUCUCUGGUGUCUGUUCUUAGGCCUUGGUUGAAAGUAUCCUUGAUGUAAUCCUUCUCCAAAUGUAUCUGUACAUAAAAAUGUAUUCUAUAUUGAUUAAUAA